UUCCCUUAAAAUCCUAAUCCUAACUGACUGCUGAGAUACAUUUCCAAUUUGAGUGAUCAUGAAGAGUGCGUUUGUUUUCAUCACUCUGUUCGGAGUUUUACUUGCUGCCCGGUCCCACAGUUACAACCACGCUGAUAAUAUCCCCGUCAUGUUUAGGACUACUUUUAAGAAGUUUCAUGGGGAUGAUAAGUUACAGAUGCUGUUAAAACGGUCCGACACAAACGAAAUGGACGAGAGACUCGCCAACUUCGAAAAGACCGUCAGUGUGAUAGAAGACAUCAACGACAACAAAAACACAAAGUUUACCGCUGGACUGAACUUCAUCUCAGUCAUGACAACCCAAGAAAAGGCAGACAUGCUGAAUCUAGAUCGAAUGAACCUAACCAAUAUGCUUACCAAGAGGUCCAGUAACCUUACACGUCGCGUCAAACGGCAACUGCCAAGUAAGAUCGACUGGGUGGCCCGUAAAGGCCAGCCUGCUGUUAAGAACCAGGGAAGUUGUGGGAGCUGCUGGGCGUUUGGUGCUGUGAGUUCUCUGGAGGGUCGUUACUUCGCUCUGACCGGGGAGCUGGUGGCUCUGAGCGAGCAAGAGUACCUGGACUGUACCAUGGAACACUUCUACAAGAAACACAGAGCCAGCUGGGCUAAAGAUCACAGUGGAUGCAGUGGAGGCUGGAUGCACUGGGCAUACGACUACAGUAUAGAUACCAAGAGAAUGGCAAGUAUGGCAGAGUUUCCCUACAAAAAAGCUGACAGAACUUGUAAUAUGGAGGGAGUUGCUAACGCUAUGGAUAAAGCUGAUGUAACGGGGAUAACGUGGUACAAGGGAUCCGAUGCUAAACUAGCUGAAGGAGUAGUUGAUGGUGUUGUCACUGUUGCUAUCAAAGUAGUUGACAGCUUCAGUUUGUAUCGACAGGGUAUUUACUCCUGUACGGAGGCCUCCAAAUGUGACUGUUCUGGUGCACCUAACCACGCUGUCGCUCUCACUGGCUACACCUCAGGGUACUGGGCAGUGAGGAACUCGUGGGGAACUAACUGGGGUUCAGGUGGCUACAUCCACAUGAGCAGGAGCCAAGACAAUAUCUGUGGUAUAAACUCUAUGGCACAAGCGCCAGCACUGACAUGCAAACCAGGUCAAACUUGUGAUGGCUGGGAAAACGGGGAUGAAGAAGAAAAAGAUGGUGAAGAGGAGGAGGAAGAGGAAGACGAGUUCAACGUAGGGAGAGAUGUCAUGUGUGGAGAGAUCAAACACUUCGGAGGAUUAUGUGUCGAUAUGGACGACACUGCAGAAAUGAAUACGGUUCUAACCAGUGCUGGGUGCAGCCGAGAGUUCUGCUACACAUCUAAAGGAUACCUGAAGGAUGAAGCUACUGACAAGUGUCUUUCAGUCUCUGAUAGCCCGAGCACGGACAGUGAUAUCGUCACGUUCGGAUCUUGCAGGGACGCUUACACAUGGGAGACAACAGCGAAAGGGUUUAAGAUUGAUCUUCCAGAAGGUUCCUGUUGGCAUCCGCAGGGCGGAUCAGCAAACCCUGCUGAGGAAACUAAUGUGGAGAUCCAGUCAGAGUGUGAAGAAGAUCGCAACCUUUUCCAGAUGAAGAAAACCCUGUGUUGGGAGGAAGUUGCUGGCCAGAAACUUGGGAAGAAGAUGAUGGACGCUGAUGGACAAAAGUUGAAAGCAAAAAAGCUUGAUGAAGCUAAGAACAUGUGCAUGGAUACCAAAGGCUGCAAAGGAAUCAAUGCAAAGGAAUCCACAGAAGGUAAGAAAGUCUACCUACUGUGCUCAGGUAACAAGAGAAAGCCCUCAAAGACAACUGACAGUGUCUUCCAAGUCGUGUCGUGCAAUGGUUCGUGUGAAGCUGGCACUAUGAGGUGUGAAGACAGGGAAUGCAGAGAGAAGUGUGGUAAAGAGGAGGGGGAGGGGGAGGAGGGGGAGUGUCCUGGAGGAACUACCAGAUGUAGUGAUGGAGUGUGCAGACAUGAGCACAUGUGCCACUGAAAUUACUGGAGGGCAUAAAGUUUAUAACUUCAUCGGACAAUAUAACCCGCUUUUAUUUUGUUGUUGAUUAAAAUUGGUAAUUUGUAAUUCUUUGGUAAUCAUUUCGAAAUAAUAUCAUUAUGCGACUGAAUGAAUAAAUGUUAUUUUCUGCUUUCGAUUAUUGCUGUUUGUUACGUGCAACCGUCGCAAAAGACACAGAAUUUUUCAUUUCUCGUCUAAAACGCUAAGGAUUUCUUGCUCGACAACAUGAUACAUUUUGUCUGGAACAAAUUGCACCAAAGUGGUCCACUUCUGUUCAUUCGUAACUUUUUAAAGGUUACAAUGAAUUAGAAAGCUUUUAAUUUCUUCAGAUGUUAGAUUAAACUAAUUAUAACUCUAAAAAUCUAUUAUAUUUAUCGAGGAAGUUAUAAAAGGAAUUAAUUGAAUGCAGUCCGAGGAGUUCUGAUCCUCCUCGCGUCCU